AUGGCAUCACUCCUUCGACAAAUCGUCGCAGGUCCUCGUUCUCGACAUCCAGAAGCAGGACUUGAUCUCUGCUACGUAACACCAAAUAUAAUCGCGACUUCUGGUCCCAGCGGCACAUAUCCACAAAGAGCAUAUCGUAAUCCUCUCGAUCAACUCGUUACAUUCCUCGAUUAUAAACAUGGGAAGGAGGGAUGGAUGAUAUGGGAAUUCAGGGCAGAAGGGACGGGAUAUCCGGAUGAGGAGGUGAGGGGUAGAGUUAAACAUUGGCCGUGGCCGGAUCAUCAUCCGCCGCCGUUUAAAUUGGUGCCGGGGAUUGUAGGGGGUAUGAGGAACUGGUUGGAGGGAAGGGGAGAUGGGGAGGGGAAGGACAACAAAGAGGGUGGGAAGGUUGUGGUUGUGCAUUGUAAGGCUGGGAAGGGGAGAAGUGGGACGAUGGCUUGCAGUUAUUUGAUCGCGGAGUGUGGAUGGAAAGCUUCGGAAGCUCUUGCGCGAUUUACAGAAAGGAGAAUGAGACCCGGUUUUGGUCAAGGUGUUUCGAUACCGAGUCAGUUGAGAUGGAUUGGUUAUGUGGAUCGUUGGACAGCUUCUGGAAAACAUUACAUUGAUCGACAGAUUGAGAUUAUGGAGGUACAUGUUUGGGGAUUGAGAGAUGGUGUUAAGGUACAAGUUGAGGGAUAUGUUGAUGAAGGAAAAACCAUCAAAUUAUUCCACGUUUUUACAAAGAAAGAAAGAGUUGUAGUGGAAGGCAAUACACCUGGAAGUGGAGGAAUCAAGAAUUUAUUAUCUGAUAUGGCUGGAUUCGGGAUUCAAGAUAAAAUCGCGACAUCCAAAAACCCAGAUCGAAUCGAAGAACCAAAGAAUACAAAACCAAUACCACAAGCUUCGGAACCAAAUACCAGUGAAUCGGAAACGGAUACAGAAACUGGUGGUGGAGCUGUCAUUUUCAAACCUUCUACAAGAGUUAUUCUUCCAACUAGUGACGUUAAUAUCGAUUUCGAAAGACGGAAUAAAGCAUCUAUGGGAUGGACUAUGGUUACUGCUGUUGCUCAUGUAUGGUUUAAUGCAUAUUUCGAAGGAAAUGGACCCGAAAAUAAUGGUAAAGCAGCCGAAAGCGGGAUUUUCGAAAUUGAAUGGGACAAAAUGGAUGGAAUUAAAGGAUCUUCACGCAAAGGAACUCGAGCCCUAGAUAAACUAGCCGUAGUAUGGAAAGUUUAUGAUCCUGAACCUGGCCACGGUAAAAGCGAAAGUAUAAUUGAAGAACCUGAUGUCAAUGCUCCAGUUCCAGAAGUUCAAGCCGCAGAUUGGAAGGGAGAUAAUGAAAUCUCUCCUACUCAUGGUGAUAGGGAUUUAGGAUUGAGAACGGAAAGUCCGGUUAGUGCGGAAAUUAGCAAGGCGAGUAGUAUUAAUGAGGCUGAUAAGGAAAAGGAAGAAGAGAGAAAGAAUGAGGAGGAAGGUUUAAGGGUUUCAAGUCCGACAGGAGAAGAGGAUUUGGAGUUGGAUAUUGCAAAUUUACCGAAGCCGGAAAAGAAUGCUUCGGAACCAACUAUGGAAGCCCUUAACAAGGGACUUGAUACGGCGACUUCGACGACUUCGAAUGCUGAUGUUGAUGCGAGGAAAGUUGUAGGGAAUCAUGAUGGAAUGGGUGGAGUGGAGGGAAUGAAUGGAGGCAAUGGAAGCAAUGGAGUAGAUGGAAUAAAUGGUAUCAAUGAUAUCCCAAACGCACCAUCAACAUCCACAAUCUCAACAGCGGAUUUACCAGGUGGUGUACCAGAGGAUCAGAUGAAGAAUGCUAAGGGUCAUAAGUUGGGUCACUUGCAGAGUAUUAAGAAAACGAUUAAUUCUUAG